AUGAGUCAGAACUAUGAGGACGCGACGACUUCAGUGCCGCCGCCUAUACCAUCGCCAAAAGCAGCACCCCAGAAAGCAACUCGAUUAUACCCUGUGCUGUCGCUCCUCUCAGUAAUACUACUAUUUUUCUCGGCAGGGGCUGGCAUAGCCUUGUCAGCGGUGGUUUUAUUCCAGAAUCUCGAGUCAACAGAGGUUCUCGAUCCUCUUAGCCGAGCUGUUUUCUUCGUUGCUUCCUGCAUGAGCCUUGUCUACGUGUUUACACAUCUCGUCGCCGCUCGAACAACUUACAUCGAGAACUAUGGAUCUCCAACUAUAUACGGAAAAUAUGUUGCUGGGUUUGCCUUUUUGUUGGCUCGGCUAGGUCUUCCUGUUUGGGUGGCAGCGAUUACUUUGUCCAUAUUUGUGGCUGUCAAUAUUGGAUUAGAUCUUUCCAAAGGGGUUCAAGACAAUCUCCCAUGGCUUAAUGUUAUAAUCAGCAUAUCUUCUUUAUUUUCUCUUGCAGCAGUGCUUGCAGUUAUUGAGAUGGCCGAUCGCCCAUUUGCAACUCUAGGACUUUCUCAAACUUGGUUUAUCCUAGGAGAGGAACCAUUGGCUUGCCCUAGUGAUGGCGAUCUCGAGCCUGGGGUUGUCAAUAUGACGCUGACUCCACACGAGAAGCGAGAGACAGGCGUUGAAAAGAACAGUACACCAAGGAAACCAGAAAAGCAAAAACUCAGGACUCUGACGAAAAGAAAUCCUCAUGACACCGAGCACAAAUCUCUACGUCAUGCCAGAAGUAUGUCCAUGCCGACGCCAUUGAACACUGUCUUCGGCAAUCGCCCUGGUGGCAUUACACCCAACUCUCCAUUUCUCAUCAGUGAAUUCGCAUGGAAGCCACCGACGAGGGAUGGCGCGACACCAAAAACAAGCGGAGCAGUGACAGUCGGCGAUUGGGUUACGUGGCGUGAACAUGCCAGUAUGCAACAAGGAGGAUCCGAUAUAUCUACUAAUGCCUCGGCACGUCCUGACGAAAUUAUCUUGCCAUCAAUGCCUCCCCAUAUUGAGUACUCUUCGCUUAGUCAGGCUCUUCUCGUAGAACAAGGGAGAUCCUCUCGACAUGGUCUAGGGAAUAUUUCAGAUGAUCAUCCUACACUUCCGCACAUUGCAACCCUCGCAACUAGACCGGGUGGAAUUGCAAGCAGCAUCCGGCCCGACAGCAAUGUGUUGCCAAACGAGGGGCGGCGGCGGCGGAGAACUUCAAGCAUCAGUUCUUACGAGGGCCGACGUCUUACACACAGGACAGAGGGUCGAGUUACAUCUCAGCAUAGUUCGCGACCAGGCACACGCCCGUCGAGCCAUCAUCCGUCGGUAGCAACCCCUUGUCCGCGCCCUGCGAGCCCAGCAUUGACAAUUCGAUCUGUCAAAUCCGACGUGCACAACUUUUCCAGGCCUCGUACCUCGGCAGCUGCUAGAAUGCAGUCUAAAGUUGCUAAGCGUCUGCGUGCGUUCAAGCAGCAAGAGAUUGAAAGCGCUAGGCAGCCUCAAGCAGAAGAGCAGAUACCCACUUCUCCCGUCACUCCGGUAUCUCCCGCCACUCCAAGAACAGUCAGAGCAGCAGCAGUGAAGACGCUUCAAGACAGACUCGGUAAAAGGAACCAGAAGAGGCAAUUGGAGGAAAAACCGCGUCCCGCAACUCCAGAGACACCUCGAACGGCUAGGGCCACGGCUGUCAAAAAUCUACAAGAAAGGCUAGGAAAAAGAAUGAUGCGGCGGAUUGAGGCAGAAGUUGCCGAAGUUGCCCAAUAG